AUUCAAACAAAGUCACACAAUUACAUUUACGUAUUAUAAAAUAUUUGAACAACACAGAUGGUCCUGCUGCAGCGACGGUCGUCAGGGUAGCAACAAUCCCCCAUUGGAGGAGAAGAAAAACCUUCCAUCGUACAGGCUACUAUCACACAUCGACGAGUAGCAGCAGCCGGUCAGGAGGACAAGAUGAGGCUGGGGGUCCUGUGGAUGCUGAUGGUGUGUUUGAGUGAUGGACAAGUCAUGAGGUGCCCAGUUCAGCAAACCAUCUCAGUGCCAAAACUCAGUAAAGUAGCCAUCUCCUGUCCGUCUAUGGAGGCCGCCAGCUUGAAGCUUAAGUACCAGCUCCUCUUUAAUGACAGCUGCGUCUCCAAAAUACUUCUGGAUAAGCACUAUGAUCCUCCAGAGUGCCCGUUGUCUGGUCAGUUUGAAGUCACAGCCACCAAAAGUGGAGUUUACAUCUGCAAGAGGGAAGUGAUUUACCCUCCACCAUUCAUAGAGGACUGUCACACCACUGAAGUCAAAGUGGAUGAAAAGCAGUCUAUGCCAGCAAUCAAUGCCACUGGCCCAGCAACCAAUCAGAGCUGUUCAGAGAGGUCUCCAUUAAUCCCAGAGUUGGCGAUGUGGGUGGGAUGUGGUGUUUUAUUGGUCUACAGCCUGUCAAUCACCUGCAUUACCAUUGUUAUUUGGAGGAAGCUGAAGAGAGAUGACGACGAUACAAACGUGUAUAUCAACACCAGACCUUCAGAGCUCAGGAAACCCCACAAAGUUUAACAGUAAUUUAUGGCAAUUACAAGGAGCUCUCACAGCUAUUAAAGCUAAAUAUUUUAAUAUCACUCUUAUUUUACUUACUCUUUAAACUGAACAAAGACAUCAAACUAAAUGAAGAAAUAACGUAUUAGAAGUAGGGCUCCUGCAGCAGCUAGCAAUUUGUUGCAGUAAACAGAGAUCCUAAGCACUUGUGUGAAAUACGAAAAAACUGACACAAUCUCUUGAAUGUGUCAGAAUACUUAUGAAACACAAGGGUAUACAGAAUCUAUAAAAGCAACAUAACACAAUAGGAGAAGAAAACACCUCUAAGAGCUAGACAAAGGCAACUGCUUGAGGUUCUUGAGGACGUUUCCUCUCACAUCUAAAAGGCCUCUUCAGUUCUAACUGAUGACUGAGGAGUAUCAGGCAUUUAACUUUUGGUUGGGUCAUUAACACUUUGAGAGUUGUCGAGGUCACAUGUGAUUCGUUGAACCCUCCGACAGCUAUCAUGUGAAUUGUGAGUGUCACUUGAAUCAUGGUGUGGAUAGAUGUUAAGCUGCAAGGGACUGGGGAGUGAUCUCAAGUAAUAACUCCCCACUUGUCAAGUGCAGCUGUCUUCAUGCAGCUCUUACAGAUACCAAGACUGAGAUGACUGAGAAUCUUCACAGACAAGAUGAAACAGGAUUUACACAUAAUGUACCAUAAAAAAGUCAGAUGCAAUAUAUCAUUCAUGGCCAGAACACUUGUAUUGGUAUUAUUUCAAAUACAAUUGUCUUCGCAAUUAAUCAAACUAUUUUACAUUUUUUGUGUGUAAGCUUGUAAUAUUUGUGAUAAGUACAUUUCUUCUGCAUUUUUUUUCUCUAUGUCAAUAAGAAUUUUUUUGUGUGUUUUGCAAUGGGUGUAUUAUGUAAAUGUGGUCUGAAGGUAGAGAAUAAACGUCAGCGUCCAUCCAUCUGGUUUCUACACCUACUUAUCCUGUUCAGGAUCCUGGUCGGCUGGAGUCAAUCUCAGCUCGGUUACACUGCACACAUCUCCUGUCUAUCACAAUUCAAAUUAACUGAUCAUUUUUUAUGUUAAUCACUCUACUAAGGUUAUUGAAACAGAUCUCACCUCAUGUUUUUGGGAUUCAAACUAAAAACAAAAAAACUGUGACACUUUAAAACCAAAUCUGAUCAACAACCAAAUGUUUUCUGUUGUGGCUCCUGGGACCAGUAUUCCUCCUCCAGACCAGUUCAUAGUUUGACAUGUCCUUCCAGUUGACUCUGACUAUUUUCACCACAGAGCUACUUGCUCUGCAUGUAAACCUAAGAUAUUAUUAAUAAAACUGAAGAUGCCACUUAACAUUGUGUAGAGAUAAUUAAAUCUUACACUGUAUGAAAAUGUACAUUUUGCUAGUCUUUUAUUGUGAUCAUUUUUUAUCAUUUUACGUUUAAAAAAUAAAAAUAUAAUCUUUCAUAAGA